CACCAAUCGUUUUACGAUGGUUUGACCUUCAAGCCUUCAGUAACCUCCUCAGUGGACGGUACUUUUGAAGGGUUGUCAAAAAACCAAGGUAGCGUACCAUCUAACGGGUCGCUUCGUGUUAUCCGUGUACAGAAUCUCCGCUUUCACUUCAGUUCUGGAGGGUCGUGAAAACUGAGAUCCAAUGAACCAUCUAACUUGUCGUUUUUGGAUGAAAAAAAUUUCUGUGUGGUUUCGAGUUUCCAACUUUAUUAAAAAUUCUCUCCUAGGGAAUUAAUUUGCAGUUCUCUAAACGCUAUUCAGAUGUCAGUGACUUUAGAAGUGUACUUUCUAAGUCACGCAAUGUUCUGGUAUUGACUGGUGCUGGUAUAAGUGCUGAAAGUCAUGUUCCAACCUUUAGAGGAUCAGGUGGAUUAUGGAGGAAUUUUUCUUCCCAGGUGAUUUCUUUAAAAAUAAUUGUGAAAAAAGUUAUUUGAAGGAUCUUGCUACACCCGAUGCAUUUCAUUCAAAUCCUGGUUUGGUUUGGGAGUUUUAUCAUUACCGUCGUGAAGUCGUCCGUUGUAGAUGUCCUAAUGCUGGACAUAUAGCUCUUGCCCAUGCAGAGAAACAAUACACUGAAUGUGGUCGCUCAUUCUUUGUCAUUACACAGAAUGUGGAUGGCCUUCAUGCCAAAGCAGGGAGUGUUAAUGUAUUGGAAUUGCACGGAAACCUUUAUAAAACACGAUGUUUAAAGUGCAGUGACAUUCGAGUGAAUUUUGACAGUCCGAUAUGUGCAGCAUUACUUGGUCGCGGUUCACCAAUCAUUGAGAUUAUUCCAUACGAGCCAAUUCCUGCAUCUCAGUUACCACGUUGUCAAAAUCUUAUUAACAGUAAUAUAUGUGGUGGACUGCUACGACCACAUGUUGUUUGGUUUGGAGAAAAUCUUGAACCACAUAUCCUUUCUAGAGCUGAUGAAAUAGUUCAGAAAGCUGAUGUCUGUCUGGUUGUUGGUACUAGUUCUGUUGUUUAUCCCGCUGCAAGUUUUGCUCCAUCUUUAGCCAACCGUGGAAUUCCUGUCGCUGAAAUCAAUGUAGAAGUUACUCCAGCCACUCAUUUAUUACAAUACCAUUUUCAAGGAAAAUCUGGUGAUAUUCUACCAAAACUGUUUGAUUCCUUAGCCUUAACUUAGUCGAUAUGAUAAUUAAAUAAUGCUAUUUUUUGUAUGUAUCUACCUUCAACUUUAUUUAUUUGUUUUGUAAUCUUUGUAUACGUUAAAAUAUUUUGUAUAGUCUAUUCUAAUUACACUUUCUAUCGAGAUAUCAUUUGGACAAAAAGAACGAAAUCAGCAAAUGAACCAAUAAAAUUUAUUUUGUGCAUAAAAUGCAAAGUGUUUGAAAGGUGAAACAAAUAUUAUGAAUCAUUAGAAUAAUGCUUUUUAACACCAGAGUCUGAAAAAAAUGUUUAGUUAUUUUUAUAUCUUCAUUAUAUUUCUUUGUAGUGUCAUUUUACCAUCCAUGUAGCAUUACUCAGUAAAUUAUAUGGAUAAAUGAUUGUAUUGUUGAUGUAUAUCAUAAGAUUAUUUUAUUGUGUUUUCUUUUCAGAGAAGUUCUCACCAACGUGGCUGUUAUUUUUUUGUCUAUUUUAAACAGAUUAUAUCUUUUGUUUAGUUCCCAGAUGUCAUUUAUGACAGAACUAUACUUUUAUCGGGAGGAGGGCCUCCUAUUCCUUUUUCAUCAGCCGAGAUUUUCAGCUUCAUUUGCUUUUUGUACUGUAAAGCGAAAUGUCACCCGGCCCCUCUUCAAACGAUAAUAUUUCAAUCUCAAUUUCAUUUAUUUAUUUGAAC